AUGAAGCUGGAGAUCGGUGAACUGUCGGUGGAAGUGGUGACGGUUGACAUCGGGGAUGCGGUCCGUCUUGGCGGUGUUUGUGGGCUAACCGGGGGCUCGUUCGGGGCCUUCGGUUCGGCGUCCGCCAAGGGCGGUGUCCGCGGCGGUGAGGAGAGUGGAGAUGACAGGGCGGUUGACGGUUUCUCGUUGAACUCAAAAAAAAAGUGGAACCCUGCCAGCGAUCUUGCCCGGCAGAGAACACUGAUUUGGUCGAGAGUCGGCCGUGAGAACUUGAGUAGACGAGAUACUGGGAUUGCGAAGACUACGAGGGUAGCGGAUACACAAAGGGGAAAAGCGGGGGAAAAACGAGUACUCGACGAGAGCAGGGAGAUGGUGGUUCGGAAGCAAAAAGCGACGAUGACGAAAGGUGACGCCGUGGAAGCUAAACAGAACCAAAAUGUGACUGAGCCGAAUAUGCGCGCUGUGAGCCGGCAGGCUUACAUCAAUCACUUGUGGUUGCUGAAUGGGCUCUAA